UGUAAAUGCAUGUGAUAGGUAAAAAUGUUACCCCGAGCGCGUUUAAACUUUAAACUUGUCCCUCCUUACAUUUUUUUCAACAUUUUAAUGUCUGGCACAAGUAAUUAUUCAGCUUUCGAGGCCUUUGAUCAGUACGAUUUCGAUAAAGAUGUACAAUUUCAAUCUGGCAUUGCUUCACUUUUAAACAAUAAACAAGCCAAUGAGGCCGAAUUACUCGAGAAGGCAAAAUUGUUUUAUUAUACAAAGUGUGUUCAAGGUUUUGACGUAGAAGCAUACACAAGCUGGAAAUCAGAGAAACAGGAACCAGUCGUUGAGCAAGCUACUAAAGAAGAAACGGACAAACCCCCCAGAUUUACGUUUCAAGAGCUUGUGGAUAUGAUCGAAAAGGGGAUUGAGAUCCCAGGUAUUAAACAAAUUCCCAAUGUUUUGAAUGAAGGUACGCCAAGCGAGGCAAAGAUGACAGCCCGUCCAAAGCCAUGGGAAAGAAAAUAAAAAAAGGUUAUAUUCCCAUUUGAUGAUGAUAAGAUUCUGGGUCAGGAGUGCCGGGAACAGAAACAGAGUACUUUGAUUUGACUUGAGCUUUAUAUGGUAAUUUUGAGAGAGAUAGUGAAGAAGGAGCUAAUUUUCUUCGCUUCAAUAAGACGUCAUUGGUUUGUGGUUGUUUGUUACGAUGGCAAAGAAAAAUGCGGAUGCGAGACAUAAAGGUGGAUAGUAACCAGUUGGUGGAUUCAAGUGUGAGUCCGGAUACCAUCUCAAUGGUUAAUAGUGUAAGUCGGAGAAAAAUAAAUGAGGAUGUCAGUGUGCUGGUGAUCACUGCUAAUAUUGCCAAAAAGAGCACUACUGUUAAUAUGAUUGGUGUUAAUAACAGGCAGCAGACUGUUGAUAAAAUUAAUGGUAUCAUUUGAGUAAUUAAAAGAAGAAAAAA